GCUAUAAAAUAGCAGCUUAUUUCAGCUUAUUUUCGGCAAUCGAGCUAACUACCCAUCGAACUUUGUAAUAUUUACCCGCCACUGCCAUUACAAUGAACGAAUCGUUUUUUCUUUUGUUUUGACCGACGCCUCUUGAUGCCCGGCGACUGCCCCUCCAUCUGUUCUUCCCCAAAUCAAGAGCGUCCAAGCUUUGGCUUACCAGGAUUCGUUGAAGACGAGGAGCGGGGUAGUCGGCGGGCAUCGCGGCUGGUGUCCCGCAUGACACCCAGGCUGCGGCGGCCGCCAGCCCCGGCGGCGCGGCCCGGAGAGGCUUGGCUGCUGUGGCCACCACCCUCGGUGGUGCGCUCCGGUGAUGUGCAGGCGCCGCACCCAGCAUGUGGCGGCCAGCGGGCGCGCUGCCCGGCGCGGUGUGCUGGACCUUGGCCUGCACAGCGCCCAAGGCCCGAAGCUAGGGCGGAGGAUCUGUAGCGCGCGGCGGCCUGGUCCGGGAUAGACGCGGCGAGCUGAUCCAGCAUGGGCGCGUUGAGCUGGUCUGCCGCCGGUGGGUGCGUAUGUGAAUUGUUGUUCUAGAAUUUCUCAGAUUCUUGCUUUGUCACUUUGAAUCCAAGACAGCAAGCACAGCUAGCUAGCAGCAGCAAGCACGACGAGCAGCUAGCAGCAGGAAAAGCGCAAGCACAGCCAGCAGCUGUAGAAGAACAUUACAGAUAGUACUCAUUCAAAAAUAAUAAUCCAAAUCAUUAAUAAUCUAGUUUGCCAAACAGUUCACAGCUUAUUUCCCUCCAUCUCCUAAUAAUCUAGAUUAUAUAAUCCACUACCAAUAAGCUAGAUUAUAUAAUCUUUAGGGGAAACAAACAGAGCCUUAAGCUAAUCUUUCUAAAAUAGAAGUAGCUAAGAGAUACAUAUAAAGAACGCUAGUUGCGUCUCUAUUUACGUGCACGCCAUGUGCAUCAUAUAGGGAAGAUAGCAACCGUGGAGUUCGUUGACUCCAUCCCAUAUGUUGUAACUACAAAGAUGCUGCUCUGCUAAGGGUUCCCGUGCCGAAACCCACCAUCUGCGAAGGCCUUGUCUUCCUCUUCGCAAACCUCUCCCUUGCAGGUUGAGCAAGAAGCCCGUGCAUAAGCGGAAACCAACCCAGAACUCUACCAGCAUUUCGCCAACCUGGUCUCCUCCUUGCCGAGCUCAGAAGGCUUGUCCCACAACCAGUUCUACCGCCAUGACCAAGGUUGGUACUCCAGCCUGGUGCCCAUAGUCGGCGCCAUGGUCGCCGACGCGUGCUUCACCGCGCGGCCAUCGGACAUCGUCGUCGCCACCCUGCCCAAGUCCGGCACCACGUGGAUCAAGUCGCUUCUGUACGCCAACGUGCACCGGAGAGAGCACCACCCCGCCACCGCCGCCGACAACCACCCUUUAAUCUCCGUCGGCCCCCACGGGUGCAUCAAGUUCUUCGAGUACCAGCUCUACACGAGGAACAGGGUCCCGGACCUCGACAAGCUCCCGGACCCAAGGCUCUUUGCGACGCACCUCCCGUUUGUGUCGCUGCCGAGGACCAUUGCCACAUCGGGCAGCAAGAUCGUGUACGUGUGCCGCGACCCCAAGGACCACCUGAUCUCUCAGUGGGACUUUGCGAACAAGUUCAGGGUCAUGAACCAGCUCGAGCCCCUCUCGGUGGAGACCGCCGCCGAGCUGUUCUGCGCCGGCUUGUCGCCGUUCGGGCCAUACUGGGACCACGUGCUCGGGUACUGGCACGCACACCUGACGCGCCCCCAGCAGGUGCUCUUCUUCAGGUACGAGGAGAUGCAGAAGGAGCCGGCGGCGCAUGUCCGGAGGCUGGCGGAGUUUGUGGGCCAUCCGUUCGGUGUCGGGGAGGAGGAGGACGGCGUGGUGGACGCCAUUGUGAGGGUGUGCUCUUUCGAGCACAUGAGCGGGCUGGAGGUGACCAGGAGCGGCAAGACUGAUCUUGUCAUCGGCACGGUGGAGAACAGCUCCUUCUUCCGGCGUGGCGUGGUGGGGGAUUGGGCGAACCAUCUCUCGCCGGAGACAGCGCGGCGCAUCGAUGUUAUUACCGCGGCUAAGUUCAUGGGUUCCGGUCUUGUCUUAGCGUCUAACGGCCAGUAGUAGUUGCAGGUAGAAAUGUGUGCUUCCAGUAUAAUGCCAUGUGUGUAUGCUGGUACAAUGUGUAUAUAUGAAUAAUAAUCACGGCCAAAGUUGAUAGGUUCCAUC